AUCAGGGAUUUCCGAGAUGGGUUGACUGUUGAAUUCCUAUGAUCCACGUUACAGAAAUUGUGGUUCGGAGACAAGAGAUGCGUCCUGUCAGACGCAUAAUGAUUAACAAUGACUGAAAAGCUGUUUGGUAUAAUAAUGAUGAAUAUAGGCCUAUACCGUAUAGCAUAAUGAAGUUAUGGCCAGCACGCACCACAUGCACAAUACAGGAACCGGAAAUUAGAACACUUUACCCGGAUGCCAACAUUGGCUCGUAUUGCCCAUUACUUGCUGUCCGGCGCCAUUCCAGAUUCCAUUUGUAAAGGCCGCCAUUUCAGGUUGGUGGAUGAGACUCACGGGUUGACGCACUUCGGACGGAGCAACAUUUUUUUGUUUUAUAAAAAGGUGCAUUUUGUCAACUCGCUGUUUGCACACAUCCAGGUCAACACCAACGUGUGUUUGUAUUCAAGCAGCUGUGACGAGGACAGAGAAUAUCAUUCUGUAUGUUUGUCCUCACGAAUGAUUUCAAAGGUUACAGUGUUAAGUGCCGCGGUUGAGGAGAGCAACUCUCGUCAGCUCGUGUCACUUUUUGCCUUGAUGGUACAGUCCGCUUGAGCUUGCAAGAUUCGGCGAUAACACUCUCGAGACGCAUUCGAAGAUACGGCGUAUACCACAUUCAUACUCGAAAAUGUGCGUCGUGGGUGAAGGUGUCUGAACCCUAAAAGAGGAUCGUUCUCUGAAUCUCUGUGGGAUUUUGAAUGGACGACUCAUCCGGAUCUUGCUGACAUCCGAUAACACAGGAACGACCUGAUGACGUCAUAAUAUGGUUUGUAAUUUGAGAAGCCAUUUAUAGCGGAUUUUUUUUGUGGAAUAGAUGUAUCGUCUAUAUGUGGGCUAUACACAACGUUCGCAUCAAGGAAACGUUGCCUCUGCCAACACAACACAGCAAAACUGUUUUGAUCUCUGAAGAGGUUGUCAGGACCUGUGGACCCGAUUCUACAUUCCACGUUAUCUUAUCAAGACUCCCAAAAGUUUGAUCUUGGCAGGCCUGGUGUGGAAUUUUCAAGGGCUGAGUGCGCCGGAAACAUAAUUGGUGCCCAAAAUGAAAAUGACGAUAAUGUUCGAUUAUUCUGGUCCCCCAAAUGGGACGGCUGACGAUGGAUUCGAUGGCAGUGCUUCGCCUUUAACGGCUUUCACUGUGAUUCAGGCGGUCGCCAUCUGCAUCUUUGCCUUUCUGACCGUAGCCGGCAACACUCUCAUCAUUCUCAGCAUCGUGAGGUUCCGUGUCCUACAGACUAUCACCUCUGCUUUCAUCCUGAAUCUAGCCAUCGUGGACUUCUCGGUAGGAGUAACUCUGAUGCCGGUGGCUCUAAUCACCUGCGUCAAGCAGGACUGGAUCCUUGGUGAUGUCUUUUGUAAGAUCAGCGGGGUGGUCAAUAUGCUCUUCCCCGUAGCUAGCAUCUCGACCCUCUCAGUCAUCGCGAUAGACCGGUACUGUGCCAUCAUCAGACCCUUGAAGUACAACUCCUUCAUGACCAGGCGAACUGUUACUGUUUUUCUGAUCUGGGUCUGGGUUCAGAGUCUGUUGAUCGCACUGCUUCCACUGACCCCCUGGUCUCAGUACAGAUACGAUCCAAGUGAGCUCCUAUGCCUGAUCGCCUGGGAUUCCAGUGACCUCUCCUUCGCCAUAUUUUGCCUCUUCGUCUGCAUCGUCGUGCCUCUUGGAGUGAUGUUCUUCUGCUAUUACCACAUCCUGAGGGUAGCACGCCACCACUCCAGGCGGGUACAAGCCCUCAAGACGAUUUCAACCAACGUCUCGGCUUGCAACCACGUCCAGGCGGAUUCGGAUGCCCAUGGGGGUACACCACGCACAAGCGACACGCGACAUGAGUGUCAAUCCCACCGCUGCCACCAACAUAGACCCAAGAUCCGCAUCGCGGCACGGGAAAACAAAUCGACGGCCAUGAUGAUGAUGGUGGUGGGAACAUUCAUCUUAGCCUGGCUACCAUACAUUACAGGGGCUCUGUGUAAAGUGAUAGCACGAGAGUGUUUGUGGCCGGAAAGUUACUUCACAGCUUGUGUGUUGGUGGCCAUGCUACAAUCCUCUCUGAAUCCUGUCAUCUAUGGCGUCAUGGAUCGUCGCUUCCGAGGAGCCAUGAAAGCCAUCGUCACGUGCUCUAGCCGAACCAGUGUCGAUCCAGUCAUAAAUCGUCCUCAUUUCUCAACAAGUGUGCUCUGACCAUUAUUCCUAACUAUUGUAUAAUUAUUCAAAUCGAGUGAUGUCUGAUCAACACAAAGUCGCGAGCGGUAGACGAGUUGUAAGAAGCGAAUACAAUAAUGUGCAAUUUACGCGAACUUUCGUCAUAGCCUCAUCAGUUAUAGACCCAUAUUCGUACAUGAAAUGGUCUUCUAUGAAAUUUAAGUAAAGAACAAACCAUGUUCUUACUAUUUUGUCAGUAAUUUAUCGGUUCACUUUAUAAGCAUUGAAACUCUUGAAAAUUCAAGUUCCAAAGAUGCAUGUAAGUUAUAAUUAUUUAUUCACGACGGUUGUCUAUAUAAAAGUGUAAUUCAACAGCCAUUCCUUAAUUCUGCAUCGCACAAUAAAAUUAUGUGAGUUUUCAUGAAAUAUUUGGUGUAUGAAAUUUAUACUAAUUGUCUUAAAA